AUGUCCCUCUCAUCUAUGAAUUGCGAGAAUCUGGUUUGGGCUGGCGAUAUGCCUGGUGAGGUAGCAUGGACCAAUCAUGUCCACAACCUCCAUACUUUCGAGUAUAAAGGCUUCCGUCAUCUUGCUUAUAGCCAUUCAAAACUGGAUGCAGAUGGUCUGAAUACUGGAGAGAAUACCAUCUUGAACAGCCAGUACGAGGUUGUGGCUCAUUUUAAGAAACCGGACAGCGUUGAGGAAUUGGACCCCCAUGAGUUCACUGUAAUCGACAAUGGCACCAAGAUCAUUCAGCUAGGCUACAUACGACAUCCCUCGGAUUGGCCACUUGUGCCAAAUGGCAUCGUCAGAGAAGGCGUAGUCCAAGUGGUGGAUUUUGCGACAAGGAAAGUGGAAUUCGAGUGGCGUGCACUGGAUCAUGUACCAUUGUGCGAGACUUGUCUGGUCAUUCCAAAUCUUGACUAUUUUCAUAUAAAUUCUGCUGUAAGAGACUCUCGCGGCGACUUAUUUAUCAUCGCAUUUCAUACUUGCACUAUUUAUAAAAUCAGCGGCGCUACCGGAGCUAUCGUCUGGCGUCUCGGAGGCUGGAAAAGUGAUUUCAAGAUGCUUGAUGGAUACGAGUUAAGGCACAUGCAUCACCUACAAAUUCAAGAUCUCAAUGAAGUCAAGCUGCCAACAGCGCUCCGCGGACGGGUCACGAAUAAGACUCAUUUAGCAUUGUCAAUCUUAGACAAUGCCUUUAAUCCCAUAUUUAGGAGACCACUGUCCGCAAACUCGUCCUCUGCAAUGGUCAUUCUGCUGGACCUUGUUGCAAUGACAGGACAAGUUAUCGAGCGAUACACGCAACCAGACGGAAUGUUUGGCACCAUAUUCGGAAGUUUCCAAUUUCUACCCAAGGGCGAGCGCUUUAUCAGCUGGGGAGGGCAGCGCAGCUUCUCGCAAUUCACACAGAAUAAUGAGCUUAUAUGUCGAACGUUGCUGACUAAUCAGGAGAAUAGAAUCUGA